AUGGCAAUCGCCGACAAGGGGGCCGACAGCGCCGCGACUAAUGGCCCUCUACCCAUCAGCUACGGCAAAUGCUACCGUAUCCAAACCAAGGAUCGCCAGUGGAUGGCCAGAAGGAGCACUGGCUAUCAAGGAUGGCACUUCGCUUUGUCUGACUCCGACAUCUACAAGGUCUGCCAGCAUCGUAUCGACGGAUCUUGCGAAUAUGAUUCUGUACGUGUUGUCCAGAGCGAAGAGGACUUCUUCCUCUGGAGCUUCAUCGGCAGCCUUGGCCAGGAACCGAAUCUCCUGGCGGGAAGAAAUCCCAAUGGAUGGUUCUACGCCGCUUACGGCGGUUGGGCCAAGUACAUCUGGCACUUCCAAGGCCAAGAGGACUGUGGCUUCGAUACCAAGCCUUGUGCUAUUCGCACCGGCGGCCAUAACGGCGAUUUGGCCAAAGGUAUUGCCGAUCACAAUGAGCAGUGGCCUGUUUCAACUCCGGAUGAGAGCACGGUCUUGCUCUGGUAUCAUGAAGUGGACUGCCCUGAGUAA